AUGGCGCCAACAACGGUGGCAGCGCUCAUGGACGACGUCACCGACCCUUCCGACUGGCGUCACGACUUUACGGCGCUGCGCAACCUCGACGCAUCCUUGCGCUGCGAUCUGUGCUUCGACAUCUACACCUCGCCCGUCUCGAUCAAGAGCUGCAACCACACCUUUUGCUCCGCCUGCAUCCGCACACACAUCAACCAGUCCGGCAACACCGGCAGCUUCUGCCCCAAAUGCAGGCAGACCAAAGCCUACGAUUCCGAACUCAUCCCCCAACCCGUGCUCGAAGUCACCGCCCUCGAAUGGAAAAAGGCAAGAGCGUUCCUGGCGCGCCUGCAGGACAAGCCGCCGCCGCAGCAGCAGCAGCAACAAAUAGCAUCGUCAUCCAAACGCAGCCCAGAACCGCAGCCUUCGACCAGCACCAACACCAGCCCGCGAAGGUCCAAACGCACUAGGACAGACGCACCCGCAGAAGCUUCCACAGGAUCACGAUCGUCUCCACUCACCAUCCUCGACGACGACGAUCCCAUCCAAGACACCACACGGCGCGCAUCGCACGAUGACGAUUCAGACUACAUCGACGACUCGUCGCACGACCGCCAACUCAAAGCAGACGAUCUAGUCCAGUGUCCCAUCUGCUCGCACAAGUUCACCGUCUCGGCGCUCGACCGCCAUCUCGACACAAUCACCUGCAAAGCCGGCGAUCCCCAACCCUCUCUCGAGGAACGCGGUCUAGCCAGCAAACCCGCAAAGCCAUCAUCCUGGUUUACACCCGCAUCCACCUCGGCCGAUCUCGGCGCCAACGAAAAGAGACUCGUUCGGCCACAGUACAACCUACGCUCCGAACGCGAACUACGCAAGCUCCUCGACGACGCCGGCUUGCCAACAUCGGGAGACCGAGAAAGGAUGGUGGAGCGACACCGCCAAUGGAUCAACCUCUGGAACGCCAACCUCGACUCGAACAAGGCAAGACGGUCCACACAACAGCUCAGACGGGAGUUGGCCGCUUGGGAACGCACAAAGUACUCGGCCAAGGAUCACGCCGCACAGGUGGACAAACAAAAGGAGACGUGGAUCAAGUCGAAUCGAUCGCAGUUCGACGAGCUCAUCCAAAAGGCAAAGGCAGGCGCAGUCAAAGACAAGCACAUCCAUCAAGCGCCAGCCAUCAGCCUCGCUCAAGAUGCGCCACCAGAGCACCACCACGACGCAUCCGCCCCAACAUCAUGA